GUCUCUCUUUCCUCUCUCCCUCUAGAUCAAAAUGACUGAAAAGGCCCCAGAACCACACGUGGAGGAGGAUGAUGAUGAGCUGGAUGGCAAGCUCAACUACAAGCCGCCCCCACAGAAGUCCCUGAAGGAGCUGCAGGAGAUGGACAAAGAUGACGAAAGUCUAACCAAGUACAAGAAAACGCUCCUGGGGGACGGUCCUGUGGUCGCAGACCCAACAGCCCCCAACGUCACGGUCACCCGCCUGACCCUCGUUUGUGAAAGUGCCCCAGGACCAAUCACCAUGGACCUCACUGGGGAUCUGGAAGCCCUUAAAAAAGAAAACUUUGUCCUAAAGGAAGGUGUUGAAUAUAGAGUAAAAAUUAACUUCAAAGUGAACAAGGAUAUUGUGUCAGGACUGAAGUAUGUUCAACACACCUAUCGGACGGGGGUAAAAGUGGAUAAAGCAACGUUCAUGGUGGGCAGCUAUGGGCCUCGGCCAGAGGAAUAUGAGUUUCUGACUCCAGUUGAGGAGGCCCCCAAGGGCAUGCUGGCCCGAGGCACUUAUCACAACAAGUCCUUCUUCACCGACGAUGACAAGCAUGACCACCUCACCUGGGAGUGGAACCUGUCCAUUAAGAAGGACUGGACAGAAUGAGCGCCUCUGCCUUUCACUCUGCCUGUCUUUGCCACCCAGAAGAGCCCUUGGUCCCUCCUCCCUGGUCACAGUUGGGCCCCUUCCCCAGCACCCUCCACUAUCUCUUAGCACUGCACCCUCUCCCACACGGUGUCUCCCAGUGAUACCCGAACAAGAUGCUUAAAAUCCAGGCCUUCAUCCUGCCCUCCUAAUCAUGGCCAAGAUCUCCCAAGUUCUCUGUCCCAUAGACGGUCAUUUAAUAUUCCCUCUUUUAUUCCCAUUUGAGCAACUGGAGAUCAGAAGAUGGGCAAACUAGCACAGCACUUCUGCCUCAGGUCCUUGUCUCUCCCUCCCACCCCUGGAUUCUCCUGUGGUUACUGCUGGUUCAGUGAAGGUCCCUCAUCACGUUCCCUACCAACUGGGGUUUUCCUUUUCUGGGAGACACUGUAAACAGCACAAGAGAACAAGAAUAAAGCAGUUAUAAGAGCUGA